GCAGGGAGCCACCGCCCCCUCGCCGCUGAGGUGCUGCGUGGGGAACCUGGACCACGGCGGCGCCGGGUUGCCCUGAUGAUCCCAGGCGGGCGGCGGCGACAGAGGCAGCGGGAGGAUGACCUCUCCCCGGAAUCCGAGUGCCGACCUGGCCCGUUUCUACACUGUCACCGAGCCCCAGCGACACCCGAGGGGCUACACGGUGUAUAAGGUCACCGCCCGGGUUGUUUCACGAAGAAAUCCAGAGGAUGUCCAGGAGAUAAUCGUAUGGAAGAGAUACAGUGAUUUUAAGAAACUACACAAAGAACUAUGGCAAAUUCAUAAACACUUAUUUCGACAUUCAGAAUUGUUUCCUCCAUUUGCUAAAGGAAUAGUGUUUGGGCGAUUUGAUGAAACUGUUAUUGAAGAGAGAAGACAGUGUGCUGAAGACCUGCUACAGUUCUCUGCCAAUAUUCCUGCUCUUUACAACAGUAAACAGCUUGAAGAUUUUUUCAAGGAUGGAAUAAUUAAUGACGGUUCUGAAUUAAUUGGUCCUGCUGAAGCUUACUCGGAUUCCCGCGUUGAUACCUUUCCUGAGUGUAGUGCGGAAGGCUUCUCCAGUGACAGUGAUCUGAUAUCUCUCACUGUUGAUGUGGAUUCUCUUGCUGAGUUAGAUGAUGGAAUGGCUUCCAAUCAAAAUUCUCCCAUUAGAACUUUUGGUCUCAAUAUUUCUUCGGAUUCUUCAGUACUAGGGGCUGUUGCUUCUGACAGCGAACAGAACAAAACUGAAGAAGAACGGGAAAAUCGUGGCCUCUUUCCUGGCAGUUUAAAACCCAAGCUUGGCAAGAGAGAUUAUUUGGAGAAAGCAGGAGAACUAAUAAAGCUGGCUUUAAAGAAGGAAGAAGAAGAUGACUAUGAAGCUGCUUCCAAUUAUUAUAGGAAGGGAGUUGAUUUACUCCUAGAAGGUGUUCAAGGUGAGUCAAGCCCUACCCGUCGAGAAGCUGUGAAGAGAAGAACAGCAGAGUAUCUCAUGCGGGCAGAAAAUAUCUCUGGCCUUUAUGGAAAACCUCAACUUGAUGAUAUAUGUCAGCCUCCAGGAUCACUAAGUUCAAGGCCCCCUUGGAACCUAAGGAGCCCUGCCGAGGAGCUGAAGGCCUUCAGAGUCCUUGGGGUGAUUGACAAGGUUUUACUUGUAAUGGACACAAGGACAGACCAGACAUUCAUUUUAAAGGGUCUAAGGAAAAGCAGUGAAUACAGCAGGAACAGAAAGACCAUCAUCCCCCGCUGUGUGCCCAACAUGGUGUGUCUGCACAAGUACAUCAUCUCUGAGGAGUCGGUGUUUCUUGUGCUGCAGCAUGCAGAAGGUGGCAAACUCUGGUCAUAUAUCAGUAAAUUUCUAAACAGAAGUCCCGAAGAAAGCUUUGACAUUAAGGAAGUGAAAAAAUCUACACUUACUAAAGUUCACCUGCAACAGCCAACUUCUAGUCCUCAGGACAGCAGCAGCUUUGAAUCCAGAGGAAGUGAUGGUGGAAGCAUGCUUAAGGUUCUACCUUUGAAGACUAGUCUUACUCCAAGUUCUCAAGAUGAUAGCAACCAGGAAGAUGAUGGCCAAGAUAGCUCUCCAAAGUGGCCAGAUUCUGGUUCAAGUUCAGAAGAGGAAUGCACUACUAGUUAUUUAACAUUAUGCAAUGAAUAUGGGCAAGAAAAGAUUGAACCAGGAUCUCUGAAUGAGGAGCCCUUCACAAAGAAUGAAGAGAGUAGUGUGUAUACCAAAGCUGUGAAAAUUUUCCCCACACACCUUGCUGCUGACAGUGACAGCCCCAGCGCACAGCUGAUAGCUCAUGAGCUGAAGUUCUUCCCUGGAGAUGAUGACCCAGAAGCAGUUAGUUCUCCAAGAACAUCAGAUUCCCUCAGUAGAUCGAAAAACAGCCCCAUGGAAUUCUUUAGGAUAGACAGUAAGGACAGUACAAGCGAACUCCUGGGACUUGAUUUUGGAGAAAAACUGUAUAGUCUAAAGUCAGAACCUUUGAAACCAUUCUUUACUCUUCCAGAUGAAGAUAGCAUUUCCAGGAGUUUUAGUACUACUGAAAGCAAAGUAGAGUUUAAAGCUCAAGACACCAUUAGCAGGGGCUCAGAUGACUCAGUCCCAGUUAUUUCUUUUAAAGAGGCUGCUUUUGAUGAUGUCAGUAGUACUGAUGAAGGAAGACCUGAUCUUCUUGUAAAUCUACCUGGUGAAUUGGAGCCAACAAAAGAAGCUGCAGCAAUGGGACCUACUAAGUUUACACAGACUAAUAUAGGCAUAAUAGAAAGUAAACUAUUGGAAGCCCCUGAUGUUUUAUGCCUCAGGCUUAGUACUGAACAGUGCCAAGCACAUGAAGAAUGCACAGAGGCAUUGAAUGAUCCCUCUAGGCCCAAAUUCCAUAGUAUAACAGAGAAACACUAUGCACAGGAGGAUCUUGGGAUGUUAUUUGCAGCAGCUAUUGAUCAUAGUAGUUCAGGAGACAUGUCUUUGUUACACAGCUCAGAUCGUAAGUUUCAGGGACUUGGAGUGGUUGGGUCAGCAGUAACUGCAAACACCACAGAAGAAGGCUUAUUCCAUAUUUCCAAUCCACUCUCAGGUGCUAAUGAAUAUAAUGCAAACACAGACACUUUAAAAACAGAAGAAGUAUUGUUGUUUACAGAUCACACUGAUGAUUUGGCCAAAGAGGAACCAACUUCUUUAUUUCAGAGAGACUCUGAGACUGAGGGACAAAGUGGGCUAGCACUAGAAGGAGACAAGGAAAUACAUCAGAUUUUUGAGGACCUUGAUAAAAAAUUAGCACUAAACUCCAGGUUUUACAUCCCAGAGGGCUGCAUUCAAAGAUGGGCAGCUGAAAUGGUGGUAGCCCUUGAUGCUUUACAUAGAGAGGGAAUUGUGUGCCGUGAUUUGAACCCAAACAACAUCUUAUUGAAUGAUAGAGGACACAUUCAGCUAACGUAUUUUAGCAGGUGGAGUGAGGUUGAAGAUUCCUGUGACAGCGAUGCCAUAGAGAGAAUGUACUGUGCCCCAGAGGUUGGAGCAAUCACGGAAGAAACUGAAGCCUGUGAUUGGUGGAGUUUGGGUGCUGUCCUCUUUGAACUUCUCACUGGCAAGACUCUGGUUGAGUGCCAUCCAGCAGGAAUAAAUACUCACACAACUUUGAACAUGCCAGAAUGUGUCUCUGAAGAGGCUCGCUCACUCAUUCAACAGCUCUUGCAGUUCAAUCCUCUGGAGCGUCUUGGUGCUGGUGUUGCUGGUGUCGAAGAUAUCAAAUCUCACCCAUUUUUUACCCCUGUGGAUUGGGCAGAACUGAUGAGAUGAACACGCUGCGGAUUGUUUUCACACAUCCUGAUCUUCUCUGUGACAGGCAUCUCCAGCACAAGGGCAACUCUGCAGCAUAGUCACUAUGGAGCACCAAAGCAUUUGGAUAUAGACCUUUAGAGGAAAUGCAGGAAGAAAAAGGCUAAACAAGAACAACUCAUGUACAAUUACUGGCUGGACAAGAUAUUAGCUAAUUUUGCCCAGAGCUGUUAUGUACUCACCUUUAACCAAGGUGUUAUCUUAGUGUUGCAGGUGAGUUGUUAACCCAACUGAAAAAGGAAUGCCCUUCAAGAAGUUCCUCUGAUAUGAAGCUCUAAGUGUAAAAUUAAAUUUUACUUGAAAGAAGGACUUUUACAUGGCAGCUAACAGAGCUUUCUGCUAAUAACCAGGAUUGGUUUAUAUGAUCAAAUUAAUAUUUGCAGAUUAAGACACUAAAAGCUUCAUGAAUAAUGUCAUCUGUGGGACCAAAAAAUUGAGAAAAAAAGAAUAUACGCAUGAUGUCUGACAGAAAACCUGCACCAUGGUCUUAUAUAAUUAAUGUAUCUUGAAUGUGGCCUCAGAUUAUAUCUGUGACAAAAUGCUCCGUGUUGUCAACUUUGUACUUUGUUGGUUGAUACUGCUUAUUUAGAGAAGGGUUUGUAUAAACACCCAUGCUGUCUUUCUCUUCAGCCUCACCUUUCUUUCUAUAUCUUCAUUUCCUGCACCCUUUGCUUUUUCUCUAGUAUUGUUCCUCCUAAUCCUAACACACUACAACUUAAGGAGGAAAGGGAGUGUUUAUUUUCCCAGACUGCAUCAACUUAAUAAGGACUAAGAAAUCAUAAUGUAAAAUAAAUAUGGUAAAAAUUUAGAUAUCUUCUUCAUUUAAUAGCUUAAGGUUUUUUCUUAUUUGUUUUAUUUUUUUAAGAAAGGUCUCUUCCUCUCCUUUUGGAAUGUUAUCAGUUUCUGCUGCUGCUUCUUAUACUUGACUUCAUUUUACUUUGGGGCUUGGUAUACUAAGAACCCAAGGAUCUCAUCUAAAUGGAAUUGAAUGACAAUCCUAUUUUAGUACUUACAGUGAUGAGAUUUCUACAUUUGAACUUCUAAUCUACUUGAUAUUAUAUAGAAAGAAUGUGAGUAUUCACACAUCUCCAAACAUUAGUAUUUGUUAUUUCUUAGUGUUGCAAAGAUAGCUCCUAUAGUCAUGCAUUGUUUACAAAAAUUUACAAAUGUUUUAAAGUAAUGUCUAUUUUUAAAAUUUUAUCCAAAGAAAGAAUAAGUUACUAUUUUCAAGUUAGAAGCCACCAGAAAUAAUUGAAAUUUUCUGUAUGUUUUCAUCUUCUUUGUAUUUUUGAGACCUGUUAGUGCCCACCCUUACUCUAAGAGCAUCUGUACAGCUUCCAUCUGCCUGUGACUGGGUCCUCCCGGCAAUUUAAAUGGAAGCAGAAAAUGCUUUAGUGAAACAAAGGAAAUAUGCAGGCAUUUUUCCUUUUUUUAUUAUUCUACUCCCCUUUUUCCUUUUUGGUCCCCUUAUAACCUGAACCCCAGCUGAAGGGCUGCAACAACACCAGGCUGGGGAGCAGGUCAUGGGGAUCAUAGCUCAGUCAAGAUGACAUCACUCCCUGGAACUGGAUUUCAAUGCACUAGUGUCCUGGCCUCAUAACAGGAACUCAUGCAGGUGAGACACAAGAAUGACUUCCUUUGUAGGACUAGUCGGAAAUCUGCUAGUACUUAGAGCUGGCCAUUACAGAACUUCCUUCCAGAAGUGCCCUAUGACAUGAAAGUAGGACUUCACAGCUAAGGUGAGGAUCCCUGCUCUGCCACGUGAUUUGGGUUUCUUGGAUUCAGAGGACAGUAAUGUCAACAGAUGGUUGCUAUGUCAAGUCUGAUGACAAUUUUAUUGUUUGUUUCUCCCUCUCUUUCUCUUUGUAUGUUUGAUUGGAGCUUGUGCUUAAUGUAAAUACAUUUAUAAUCAUGGUGGACAUGAAUUAUUUUAGUAAUAAACACACAGGUUAAAUGGC